GGCCAGCUCCUGUGCCAGGCUCCCCCCCAGCACUGCACUGACCGAGGCAACAUGAGGGGUAUCGGGAACAACCCCAGCAGGGGCAGGGCAGUGUGUAUGACAAAUUGUCCCACUCUCAUUGUUAUGGUCGGCCUUCCUGCUCGGGGCAAGACUUACAUCUCUAAGAAACUGACCCGUUACCUCAACUGGAUCGGCAUACCAACCAAAGAAUUUAAUGUGGGCCAAUACCGUCGGGACUUUGUGAAAUCCUAUAAAUCCUUUGAGUUCUUCCUUCCUGACAAUGAGGAGGGGCAAAGAAUACGCAAGCAGUGUGCCUUACUGGCGUUUAGUGACGUUGGACGCUAUCUGGGAGAGGAGGGUGGUCACGUGGCGGUCUUUUAUGCGACAAACACAACGAGAGAACGAAGAGAAACCAUCCUCAAAUUUGCUGAUCAGAAUGGCUUUAAAACAUUUUUUGUGGAAUCGGUGUGUGUGGAUCCAGAGGUUAUCGCACAAAACAUUGUGCAAGUGAAGCUCAGCAGCCCAGACUAUGUGCACUGCAGCAGUGAGGAGGCUACGGAGGAUUUCAUGAAAAGGAUUGAUAGUUACAAGAACUCAUAUCAGACCCUGGAUGACAGCCAUGACAAGGACCUGUCCUUCAUUAAGAUUAUGGAUGUGGGACGAAGAUACUUGGUCAACCGUGUAAUGGAUCAUAUCCAGAGUCGUAUUGUUUACUACCUGAUGAACAUACACGUCACACCGCGAUCCAUCUACUUGUGCCGGCACGGCGAGAGUGAGCUGAAUCUUAAGGGGAAGAUUGGUGGAGAUUCUGGGCUCUCCAACCGAGGGAAAGCGUUUGCUAAAUAUCUGUCCAAAUACAUUGAAGAGCAGAACAUAAAUGACCUGAAGGUGUGGACCAGCCAGAUGAAGAGGACAAUACAGACUGCGGAGGCGCUGGGUGUGCCAUACGAGCAGUGGAAGACGCUAAACGAGAUAGAUGCGGGUGUUUGUGAAGAGAUGCGUUAUGAGGAUAUACAGGAACGCUAUCCGCUGGAGUUUGCUCUGCGUGACCAGGAUAAAUAUAGAUACCGGUACCCGAAGGGAGAAUCCUAUGAAGACCUGGUGCAGCGGCUGGAACCGGUUAUCAUGGAGCUGGAGCGCCAGGAAAAUGUCCUUGUAAUCUGCCACCAAGCUGUCAUGGGGUGCCUGCUCGCAUACUUUCUCGAUAAGAGCGCUGGGGAGCUGCCUUAUCUCAUAUGCCCCCUGCACACAGUGUUGAAGCUCACCCCUGUUGCCUAUGGUUGUAAGGUAGAAACCAUCAGUUUGCAGGUGGAAGCUAUGAAUACGCACAGGGAAAAGCCUGAGAAUGUUGAUGUGGACCGGUCGAGUGAAGAAGCCUUGCAGACGGUACCGAGCCACCUCUAGCCGCCAGUGAGAAUUCCUACUGCGGAUGAGAAGCAGCAUCACAAAAACCUGUCCGUCCCUCCUCUUCUGAGCCAGACC